AUGACAACCCCCAUCGAGAAGAAAAAGCCACCCAAGCUGAACAGGAAGAAGCCUCCGGCGGACUCACCGGCAGCAGGCCCGACCCCUCCACCGUCCGAAGAGACAAGCAUGCCCGCCGACCAGGCUGAAUCUCAAGACCCGCCGAAGGGGGGCAAUGCCCCUGACGACGCCGGGGAUGACACAGUUAGUGACAGAGACAACGAUCCGCCUUCCCAGCAGGCCAAUGAUCAGGCGCCCGAAGAGGAUAAUCCGGGGCUGUCAUCCGGUGAGGAUGCCAGUCCUGCCGACCCUGAGUCGGACCCCGAACCUGAUCCUGAGCCCGAGCCCGAGCCUCAACGUGAACCCGCGCGCACUCGCCGCACACACCCCCGCCGAACCAUAACCCUCUCCCGCGAACGCGAUGAUCGCCCCGAAGUGUACCGCCGGGGCUCACAGCGCACGGGGGAUCAGGCACUCUCGCGGCUUGACGACGUCGGACAGACCGUAAGCCAAGUCGGUGACGUAGCCCAGGACGUCGGCGGCAAGGCAGUUGGCACGCUUGGGAAAACUGCGGGGCAGACGCUGGGUGGGCUCACUGGUGGACAAUCCCAGGAGGAGGGCCAAGGAAGUGGCAAGAAAGACGAGCAGUUGCGCCUAAGGCUGGAUCUCAACUUGGAUAUUGAGGUGCAACUCAAGGCGAAGAUCCAUGGUGAUUUGACGUUGCAGCUAUUGUGA